AGAAGAUGGCGGCUCCCAGGGAGGCAUGAAAGACGGCACUUCCCCUCAAAUCUAAAAUAUCUGUGUCCGUUUUCAGAAAGUCUGCAUCUUCAGGCGGUCAUCUGAAAAAUAAGGCAUAAAAAACAAAAGCGAUGGCCUCUCCUGCAUCGGUGGGCGCUGGGGCAGCCUCAUCGGGCUCGGCUUUGCAGCCCCGGUGGAAAAGGGUCCUUGGCUGGUCUGGCCCGGUCCCCCGACCCAGGCAUGGACACCGAGCCGUCUCCAUCAAGGAGCUCAUGGUGGUGUUUGGAGGUGGAAACGAAGGGAUCGUGGAUGAACUUCACGUAUACAACACUGCCACCAAUCAAUGGUUUAUCCCAGCAGUUCGAGGUGAUAUCCCACCUGGAUGUGCUGCUUAUGGAUUUGUGUGUGAUGGGACUCGGCUUCUUGUCUUUGGAGGCAUGGUGGAGUAUGGAAAAUACAGCAAUGACUUGUAUGAACUGCAGGCCAGUCGAUGGGAGUGGAAAAGACUGAAACCCAAAGCCCCAAAGAAUGGACCUCCACCUUGUCCUCGCCUAGGGCAUAGCUUUUCAUUAGUGGGAAAUAAAUGCUAUUUAUUCGGAGGAUUGGCCAAUGACAGUGAAGAUCCAAAAAACAACAUUCCCAGGUAUUUAAAUGACCUAUAUGUCCUAGAGUUGCGCACAGGUUCCAGUGUUGUAGGAUGGGAUAUCCCAAUCACGUAUGGUGUGUUGCCCCCACCACGGGAGAGCCAUACUGCUGUAGUAUAUACGGAAAAGGAGAGCAAAAAAUCACGUCUUGUAAUCUAUGGUGGAAUGAGUGGUUGCAGACUUGGUGACCUUUGGACACUUGAUAUUGAUACUUUAACUUGGAACAAGCCUACUUUGAGUGGCACAGCCCCUUUGCCACGUAGUUUGCACUCUGCCACCACAAUUGGAAACAAAAUGUAUGUUUUUGGUGGCUGGGUCCCCUUGGUCAUGGAUGACGUGAAAGUUGCAACACAUGAAAAGGAAUGGAAAUGUACAAACACACUGGCCUGUCUAAAUCUGGAUUCUAUGACCUGGGAGCCAAUUGUAAUGGACACACUGGAAGAUAACAUCCCUCGGGCAAGAGCAGGUCACUGUGCUGUUGCUAUCAAUUCCCGACUAUAUGUGUGGAGUGGGCGUGAUGGAUACCGUAAAGCCUGGAACAACCAAGUCUGCUGCAAAGACUUAUGGUAUCUUGAGACUGAAAAACCUCCUGCUCCCUCACGAGUUCAACUGGUUCGUGCUAAUACAAAUUCACUUGAAGUGAGUUGGGGUGCUGUUCCUACUGCAGAUAGCUACUUACUGCAGUUGCAGAAAUAUGAUAUCCCAGCAGCAACUGCAGUUACUUCUCCAACUCUAAAUCCUACUCCUUCUCUGCCAGUAAACCCUCCAAAAAGCCCUGCCCCAGCUGCAGCAGCACCUUCAGCUCAGAGCCUUCCACACACAGGUAUUACCCUUGUUCCACAGUCUGCUUCACCAACAACAUCAGGGCUACCUGUUCUACCAUCCAUGCCAGGAAGUCCUCUUGGUGCUGCCACUGCAAGGGGACCAGCCAUUUUGAAAGUGGCAGCUCCCCAGUCCUCUACAGGAACAUCAAUUGUAACAGUGCGACAAGCUAACCAGGUGGGGAAAUCUCCUGUCACAGUCACAUCCUUACCAGCUGGGGUUAGAAUGGUAGUUCCAGCACAGAGUGGCCAGGGAGCGGCAAUUGGGAGCAGUCCACAGAUGAGUGGCAUGGCUGCCUUGGCAGCAGCAGCAGCUGCAACUCAGAAGAUUCCUCCUUCGUCUUCAGCCACCAUGCUUAAUGUCCCAGCAGGAGCAACAAUUGUGAAGACAGUGGCUGUUACCCCUGGUUCUUCCACCAUCCCUGCCACUGUUAAAGUAGCUUCUCCUGUCAUGGUAAGCAACCCUGCAACACGGAUGCUGAAGACUGCAGCAGCGCAGGUGGGCACUUCUGCCACCUCUACCCCAAACACACCAACAAGACCCAUUAUUACUGUGCACAAGUCAGGCACUGUCACUGUAGCACAACAGGCACAAGUGGUUACUACUGUGGUUGGUGGAGUUACAAAAACAAUCACUCUAGUAAAAAGUCCCAUCACAAUGCCCGGCGGUAGUGCUUUGAUUUCCAAUUUAGGUAAAGUCAUGUCUGUUGUCCAAACAAAGCCAGUGCAGACAUCAGCAGUAACUGGACAAGCUUCAACAAAUCCAGUGACACAAAUUAUUCAGACAAAAGGUCCCUUGCCUGCUGGAACCAUUUUGAAGUUGGUAACGUCAGCUGAUGGAAAGCCUACUACCAUCAUCACAACAACACAAGCUGGAGGAACAGGAAACAAGCCCACCAUUUUGGGGAUCAGCAGUGUUUCCCCUACCACUAAUACAAAACCUGGCACCACAACCAUUAUAAAGACUAUUCCUAUGUCUGCCAUUAUGACGCAGCCUGGGGGAACAGGCGUAACAAGUAGUCCAGGAAUCAAGUCACCUAUUACUAUCAUAACUACUAAAAUGAUGACCUCUGGAACGGGAGCACCUGCCAAAAUAAUUACUGCUGUUCCUAAAUUGACUGCAGGACCUGGUCAGCAAGGAGUUACUCAGGUGGUUUUAAAGGGUCCUCCUGGCCAGCCUGGCACUAUACUUCGCACUGUUCCAAUGGGAGGAGUUCGAUUGGUCACCCCUGUCACGGUCUCAGCUGUGAAACCCACUGUCACUACUCUUGUUGUUAAAGGUACCACAGGUGUCACAACUCUGGGUACUAUGACAGGAACUGUAUCAACCAGCCUUGCAGGAGGUAGUGUUGCUAGUGCCAAUGCGUCUUUAGCCACGCCUAUUACUACACUUGGUACCAUUGCUACUCUAUCCAGCCAGGUUAUCAAUCCCACAGCAAUUACUGUGUCUGCAGCUCCCACAAGUCUUACUGGAGCAACUGGGCUUUCUACUCCAACAAUCACCAUGCAGCCUGUUAAUCAACCCACUCAAGUUACCUUAAUAACUACUCCCAGUGGUGUAGAGGCACAACCUGUCCAAGACCUGCCUGUGUCCAUCCUGGCUUCUCCAACAUCUGAGCAACCCACAACUGUCACAAUUGCAGAGUCCGGUUCUGGUGAUCAGCCAGGCACAGUCACGUUGGUUUGCUCCAAUCCACCAUGUGAGACGCACGAGACUGGAACUACCAACACAUCCACAACAGCCAUGUCCAGCAUGGGUUCAGUCCAGAGAUUGUGCUCUAAUCCUCCAUGUGAGACCCAUGAGACUGGUACCACUAACACCUCCACAACUGCCAUGUCCAAUAUAGGUUCACUUCAGAGGGUUUGUUCAAAUCCACCAUGUGAAACACAUGAGACUGGUACUACCAGCACAUCUACAACAGCCAUGUCCAAUAUGUCUUCAGUCCCUAGAGUUUGUUCAAAUCCACCAUGUGAAACUCAUGAAACUGGUACCACUAGCACACCUACAACAGCUGUAUGCAAUAUGGGAUCUGUCCAGCAGGUGUGUUCAAAUCCACCUUGUGAGACCCAUGAAACGGGUACUACUAACACAUUCACAACAUCCUCAUCAAACAUGAGUUCCAACCAGGGAGCUUUGCAAAAUGUUUGUUCAAGUCCUCCAUCUGAAACCCAAGAGACUGGCACAACCUCAACAUCUACUACAGCUUCAUCUAAUAUGGGAUCUGACCAGGUGGAACUGGUUCAGAGUACUGGUGGUUCUGCUGUUUCAUGCCCAUCGGUUUCCGUCAGCUCAGAUGAAGCUCCAUCAGGCUCCAGUGUUGUCUUGCAGACCUCCAGUUUGCAGAGGGAGAAUUUACGAACAGGCACCACAAAUACAUCAACCAUAGCUAGAUCUAACAUGGGCUCAGAUAAAACUGGUACAGUGCCAAGUGCACAGUCUAACCUGCAAACCCACAAAACAUCUAUGGUUGGGACAGCUUGUCCAGUUUCUUCACUGUGUAGCUCUACAGAUACAGUGCAAAAUGGUUGCUCCAACCCACCAUGUGAAACACAUGAAACAGGCACCACCAGCACUUCCACAACAGUCUCUUCCAGUAUGGGUUCCAACGAGGCUGAUUUAAUCCAAAGGGUUUGCUCAAACCCUCCUUGUGAAACUCAUGAAACUGGUACCACAAACACCUCAACGACUGCUUCAUCCAGUAUGGGGUCAACACAGACAGAAACUGUACAGCGAGUGUGCUCGAAUCCUCCAUGUGAAACGCAUGAAACAGGAACUACAAACACGGCUACAACUGCCACCUCAAGCAUGGGCAAUAAUGAAGCCCAGCAGAGUGGUGACACAGUCCAGGAAGAAACCGUAACAACAGCUUCGGCUACUCCUCCAUCUCCUCAGACUCCUGUUACGUCCUCUCCUCCAGCAACUCUAAGUUCUACACAGAACCGAGCAGUAACAAUUUUGACCCAGUCAACACCCACACCAGGUCCUGCAGUGCCCAUAAUUUCCUCCAUCUCAGAAGGAAGUUCAAUUUUGGAGAGUGAAGUUCCAGAGGAAGUCACAGAACCCAUUCCUGCUGAAGAAGCCCAGCCAUCUCUUGACUCUGAACAAGAUCAGGAUCAUUCUGAGGCUAAUCUUACUUCAGACGAUCUUCUUGAUGCUUCUGAAGCUAUGCAGACAGAGCCAUCGGAGUCUGAGGCUCAUUCUCAGUCUCAACUCCUAGAUGCUGCUUCUGUUGGAGAGACUACUGAUACUACUCUUCAUGCACAGGAUGUUGAUCUUCAGGCAGCCAUGGAAACACAGGGUGUUCAGGAAGAAACUGAAGACCAAGGGGAGGCAAAUCAGGCAACAACUGAUGUAGAACCACUCUCUUUACCGCAGGAAUUAAUGGCUGAAACCCAGCCUUCUACGUUAAUGGUGACUGGACUCACCCCUGAAGAACUAGCAGUCACAGCUGCUGCAGAAGCUGCUGCUCAGGCUGCAGCUACAGAAGAAGCACAAGCAUUGGCAAUACAGGCAGUACUACAAGCUGCACAACAGGCUGUAAUGAGUGCAGGGGAUGCAAUGGACACAUCAGAUACGGGGCAUGAAGGCCAGCAGACUACAAUUCCUAUUGUGUUGACACAGCAGGAGUUGGCAGCACUUGUGCAACAGCAACAACAACUUCAAGAGGCUCAAGCUGCUGCUGCUGCUGCAGCAGCUGCAGCUGUUGCACAGCAGCAAGCAAACACACAGCAACACCAUCAUCAAGCUGCAGCUUUGCCUACUGAGGCUCUGGCACCUGCGGAUAGCCUUAAUGAUCCAUCAAGUGAGAGCAAUGGACACAGUGAGCUGGCUAGUGCUGUGACAAGUGCUGUGGCUGCAUUACUUCCAGGGACCCCAACUGAAAGUUUGGCUCCUUCCAGCACGUUUGCACCUCCACAACCCAUUGUAGUGGCCAGUCCAGCAAAAAUGCAGGCUGCAGCUGCCUUGGCUGAGGUAGCUAAUGGGAUUGAAUCUGCAGGUUUGAAGUCGGAUACAAUGACUACCCCAGCCCCAACAAAAGUUCCAGUUAAGAAGGAGAACCAGUGGUUUGAUGUUGGUGUUAUCAAGGGAACGAAUAUGGUAGUGACACACUAUUAUUUACCUGCCGAUGACACGCCUGUUGGAGAUGAGGACACUUCUACUAUUCCAGACUAUAACCAACUAAAGAAAGUAGAACUUCAGCCUGGCACUGCCUACAAGUUUCGGGUAGCUGGAAUCAAUGCUUGUGGCAGAGGUCCCUUUAGUGAGAUUUCAGCAUUUAAAACGUGCUUGCCAGGUUUUCCAGGAGCACCUUGUGCCAUCAAAAUCAGCAAGAGUCCAGAUGGAGCACACCUGACAUGGGAGCCGCCUUCAGUAACUUCAGGAAAGAUCAUAGAGUAUUCUGUUUACUUAGCAAUCCAGAGUGCACAGGCUGGGGAGCCGAAGACAUCUGCCCCUGCUCAACUUGCAUUUAUGCGAGUGUAUUGUGGACCCAGCCCUUCAUGUUUGGUACAGUCAUCCAGUCUUUCCAAUGCUCACAUAGAUUAUACCACCAAGCCUGCUAUUAUCUUCCGCAUUGCUGCCCGCAAUGAGAAGGGCUAUGGCCCUGCUACCCAAGUCAGGUGGCUUCAAGAGUCAAACAAAGAUGGCACAGCAGCAAAGCCUGCAGGGAAGCGACCUGUCUCCUCCUCCCCAGAAGUGAAAGCCUCUGGUCCAAAGAAAGUGAAGUCCGAUCAGUAGCGAGUUUAAUGGGCCAUGAUUUCCUCCCUUCCCUCCGCCUGCCAUUUGUUUUCAUGGUUACAGAGAACUGCUGGCUCAAUAUUGGGACACGUAGGGUGCCCUGCAGACCCUGUAUCCCACCCCAGUGAUCUACAGUAAACAUAAGGACAACGUGGGGCUUUAAGGUGCAAAUGCAGUCUUUCUUGCAUUGCUUUGACUUAUAUGUUGGUGUUACUCUUCAAGCAAAACAAUGAAAAAGCACACUUUUACCAUCUGUAAGUGUUUAAAAGUUGACAAGAAAAUCAGCUUCAAUAUAUUUUCCUUGUUUAUGGAAAAAGCAAAGGAAACUUGUCCUGCAAUAAAUUCUUGACACUUUUCCUACUUUUUAAUCUUCAUUUGCCUAUCCCCCCCCCCCCAACCCCAAAUAUUAAGAAAAUCUCAUGCCCACCACCCUCAAAGGAUCAUCACCGCAGUAAUUUCCAGAAUUUCCAGAUGCUUUUGUUUUUGAGGAACUUUAAAAAUGGAUACAAGUUUCAAAAAGGAAAAAGUCAACAAAGGAAAGCACUUGUCUUUUGGUUAGUGUGGUUGGAAGUGGCAUCUAUUUUUUUAUUAUUAUUAUUAUUAUUAUUAUUUUUCCUCCAUUUUAAAGGAUCAGACUUCAUUAAGUGGCAAAAUAAGAGGCCGGACUUGAACAACUGUCUCCUUAAAAUUUACAAUCACUGUGCAGUUAAUACUAGGGGAGGAAUAGGAAAGUGCAAUUCAGACCUGCUAUGGUGUCUUUUUUUUUUUUCUCCUUUAAACUUUUUGUUAAAAUCACAGAGAAACAAAAGUGAAUUAUGGGGCGGGUAAAGCAUGAAGGAUUCUCUUUUUUGUUAGGAAGUACUUUGUACCAUGUUAGAUUUGCAGAGGUAAUGUUGACCUUUUUUGUGUAUUGUCUCAUCUCCUUUCCCUGUACUCCUCUUCCACAGUACGUCUUCAGUCAAAAAGGAAAGAAUUCCUUUCACAUAGAAACAUUUACCUUUACGGUGUAGAAGGGAAUGAACAGUGUGAGCUUAAAAAAUGGGAGACAUUCUUGUCCACAAGUCAUUGUAUUAUUUAAAUAUGCCAAAAGUUCCUAAGAGAUUGGUAUUGCCUUUCUAGCCCCUCACUCACCUUUUAUUUUCAGGUGUCCCCCUGCAUUUUAAACAGGAUAAAUCCAGAGCGCGCAAAUAUUUGGAAUACAGUGUGAGAAACUUUUGUAAGAAGUCCAGAGAAGAUAAGACGUUCAAAGCAAAAUGAGAACGUAAAAACUGUGUAUUAUAUUUGCUUCUGUCUUUUGCAGAAAGAUGUUGAUAGGGUUUGGGUGAGUUAAGAAAUUUGGGAAUUUUUUUUCCUAGGAGGGAGGGGUAGUUGGGAAUUGAAGCACGAGCGUUGGCCUAGCCAAAGUUUCUGAUCAAUUGUAAAUUAGUUCAUUCAUAUAGCCAGAAGAUUAAAAAUAAUCUUGGCCUUUUUUAUAUAAUUAACUGUAACAAAACUGUUUUUACAUGUUGGUCAUUUCUUGAUUGCCUCUUUUUGUGUCUUGACAUAAAACGAACAGAAAUA